AUGUCGUGCCUCGUCAUCUUCUUCAACCGAGCCGAGGCCGCACAUUUUGCAACUCGGAAUACCCGGCAAGUUCCUCGUGGCCAUGGAUAUUUCCCGAGUGUAAUGCAUGACAUGUCGUACACGUUAUUUACCCUCGCGCUCGUCGAGACCGCCAUGACAACAGCGAACCGUAACCAAGGCGAAGAAACGUGGAGCCAGGUGGACAUGAUUGGCUGCGAGAGAAGCACGGUUGGAGGGCAGUGGUGUGGUUGGACGAAGUUGAUGAAAGGGUGUCGUGUGUGGACGCCGAGGGAGACGGGAUCUUGGAAAGGCUGUUGCACUAUUGUUUGCGGUUCCUCUACCUCUGCGUUACCGUGUAAACCGGCCAAGAAGUCGGCGAUCCAUGUUGAUGGCGGUAAGGAACAGAAGUACAGAACCGGUGCAGAGACUUCAGCAAAACGUAACGUUGGCAACUACUAA